UGGGCUUCUGGACCCUGGCUGGCAGGAAAGGCUGCGAGGGUGGCUAAAGGUGCGCGAAUUUGCGCCCUGGCGGGACAGCCUGGAUCUGGCAAUGGCGUUGCUGUGUGGCCUUGGGAGCGGCGGCAUGGAGGCUCUCACCACUCAGCUGGGACCAGGGCGCGAGGGCAGCUCCUCACCCAACUCCAAGCAGGAGCUACAGCCCUACUCAGGCUCCAGCGCCCUCAAACCCAACCAGGUGGGGGAGACGUCGCUAUAUGGGGUGCCUAUCGUGUCCCUGGUCAUCGACGGUCAGGAGCGCCUGUGUCUGGCACAGAUCUCCAACACCCUCCUCAAGAACUACAGCUACAAUGAGAUCCACAACCGCCGCGUGGCCCUGGGCAUCACGUGUGUGCAGUGCACGCCGGUGCAGCUGGAGAUUCUGCGUCGGGCCGGGGCCAUGCCUAUCUCCUCUCGCCGCUGUGGUAUGAUCACGAAGCGAGAGGCCGAACGUUUGUGCAAGUCAUUCCUGGGCGAGCAUAAGCCCCCCAAGUUGCCUGAGAACUUCGCCUUUGAUGUGGUGCACGAGUGCGCGUGGGGCUCUCGUGGCAGCUUCAUCCCUGCGCGUUAUAACAGCUCGCGUGCCAAGUGCAUUAAGUGUGGCUACUGCAGUAUGUACUUCUCACCUAACAAGUUCAUCUUCCACUCGCACCGCACGCCCGACGCCAAGUAUACCCAGCCAGAUGCCGCCAACUUCAACUCGUGGCGCCGUCACCUCAAACUCAGUGACAAGUCCGCCACAGAUGAAUUGAGCCACGCUUGGGAGGAUGUGAAGGCCAUGUUUAAUGGCGGCACGCGCAAGCGGACCUUCUCCCUGCAAGGAGGCGGCGGAGGCGGCGCUAAUGGCGGGUCAAGUGGGCAAGGGAAGGGUGGUGGAGGCGGCGGUGGAGGUGGUGGCCCGGGGUGCAGCGCAGAGAUGGCCCCAGGCCCGCCGCCCCACAAAAGCCUGCGCUGCGGAGAAGAUGAGGCGGCCGGGCCUCCAGGGCCACCUCCUCCUCACCCACAGCGCGGACUUGGCCUGGUGGCAGGAGCUAAUGGCCCGGCUGGCCCAGGAGGACCUGGUAGCAGCGCAGGUGUACGUAGCUACCCGGUGAUCCCAGUGCCCAGCAAAGGCUUUGGGCUCUUGCAAAAGCUGCCCCCACCGCUUUUCCCGCAUCCUUAUGGUUUCCCCACGGCCUUUGGCCUAUGUCCCAAAAAGGACGACCCAGUGUUGGGCGCGGGAGACCCCAAGGGUGGCCCUGGCACUGGGAGCGGUAGUGGUGCAGGCGCUGGCGCCGGUGCGGGGGGCCCUGGAGCAGGCCACUUGCCUCCGGGGGCAGGGGCGGGUCCGGGUGGCGGUGCCAUGUUCUGGGGUCAUCAACCUUCUGGGGCAGCCAAGGAUGCAGCGGCUGUAGCUGCAGCAGCGGCUGCCGCCACAGUGUACCCGACGUUUCCCAUGUUCUGGCCAGCUGCAGGCAGCCUCCCGGUGCCGCCCUACCCGGCUGCGCAAAGUCAAGCUAAGGCUGUAGCGGCAGCGGUAGCAGCGGCGGCGGCGGCGGCUGCGGCGGCCGCUGGGAGCAGCGGACCCGAGCCCCUGGACGGCGCUGAGCCAGCCAAGGAAGGUGGCCUUGGCACGGAAGAGCGCUGCCCGAGUGCUCUGUCCCGCGGCCCCCUGGACGAGGACGGUGCGGACGAGGCGCUACCACCGCCCCUACCCCCCUUACCCCCUCCUCCGCCGCCACCUGCACGCAAAGGCUCCUAUGUGUCUGCCUUCCGACCUGUGGUCAAGGACACGGAGAGCAUUGCCAAGCUCUAUGGCAGCGCCCGCGAGGCAUACGGCACAGGGCCUGCUCGAGGGCCUGGGCCAGGCGCGGGGACAGGCGGGGGCUACGUGAGCCCGGACUUUCUGAGCGAGGGCAGCUCCAGCUACCAUUCCGCCUCGCCCGACGUGGACACCGCGGACGAGCCUGAGGUGGAUGUGGAGUCUAACCGCUUCCCUGACGAUGAAGGCGCCCAGGAUGAAAUGGAGCCCAAUGCUGCCAGCGCGGGAGGUGGCCCAGAUGACGACCAGCCCGCUGGGCCCCCAUCUGCCACCUCCUCAGGCGCAGAGGGUCCCACAGACUCUCCCGACAGUGGUAGUCCUCGCCCCCGGCGCCGUCCUGGGCCACCCCCUGCCAGCCGGUCUGCAUUCGGGGACCCGGCUGCAGAUGACGUAGUGCGGAGACCUGAGAGGACCCCGCCAAGCGGUUAUGACCUUCGAGAGUCUUGCGGGCCCCUGGGAGGCCCCGCGACGAUCAAGGUAUACGCGCCCGAGAGGGACGAGCACGUGAAGAGCGCGGCGGUGGCGCUGGGGCCCGCGGCCACUUACCUCUGCACCCCUGAGGCCCAGGAACCAGAUAAGGAAGACAAUCACUCUACCGGCGAUGAUUUGGAAACGAGGAAAUCCUAUUCAGACCAAAGGAGUAUCUCUCAGCCAAGCCCUGCAAAUACAGACCGAGGUGAAGAUGGGCUCACCUUAGAUGUCACAGGAACUCAGCUGGUGGAGAAAGAUAUUGAAAACCUGGCCAGAGAGGAACUGCAAAAAUUGCUCCUGGAGCAAAUGGAGCUCCGUAAGAAGCUGGAGCGAGAAUUCCAGAGCCUCAAAGAUAAUUUUCAGGAUCAAAUGAAGAGGGAAUUGGCUUAUCGAGAAGAAAUGGUGCAACAGCUGCAAAUCGUCAGAGACACCCUGUGUAACGAACUGGACCAGGAGCGGAAGGCACGCUAUGCCAUUCAGCAGAAAUUAAAAGAAGCCCACGACGCCCUACACCACUUCUCCUGCAAGAUGCUGACGCCCCGUCACUGCACUGGCAACUGCUCCUUCAAGCCCCCGCUGUUGCCCUAGGGCCGACCCUGCCGCGCCUCUGGGCCCUCAAGCCAUGCUGCUCCUUCCUGUAAAUCCCCGCUGCCGCGGUGGCCCCGAGCGAGGAACAAGCCAUUCGGACCCGACCCAUGUACAGACAGCCGCCGGUCUGCCCGCCUUCCUCCUGGGCCCAGGCUCUGUUUCCCUGUGUAAAUACCGCCUCGCCCCUCCGUUGAACUCCUGGGUCUCGGACCUCAA